AUGGCGGAUACCUUACUUGAAUUGAAGGGGGAAUAUGAUUCAUUUCUGCGGCAAGAGCGUUACGGUCACGUCGAUCGCAUCAGCACUGCCAUUGAUGAUUACGCCCAUCGCAGCAGGAAUCUCAAAGUGGAAGGAUGGGGAUGUCCAAGAGUCAACAUUAGCAUGUCGGAACUACGAUCAUUUGAACAACUGUCAAAACGACUGAGACAUGACCCUCUUCGUCACAUGCGUGCUCUGGAAGCUGCCUGUCACGAGAUUGCACAAGAAUCAAGACCCGGUUAUGACAAGAAUGGGAUCCAAAUCAAGGUGGCUCUUUCCGGGCCUAUCGGAGCAAAGCCACUCUCACCGCGAGGACUCAACUCGGCCAUGCUGCGUCAGCUUGUUGCAGUCGAAGGGGUGGCUACCAAGGUUUCUGCCAUUAAACCCAAGGUCGUCAAGUCGGUCCACUACUGCCCUGCUACCAAACAGCAUUCGGAACGUUCCUACGUGGACUCCACGGAUCCGCACCUCGGACUACACGCCGUGGACAACAAUGGCCGCGAACAACCCGAUCGCUUAAUCAACAUUACGCCUUCUGUCUACCCCACCAAAGACAAGGAUGGAAACCUUCUGGAAACGGAAUUUGGUCUUUCCGAAUUCAAGGAUCAUCAAACCAUUACCCUUCAAGAAAUGCCCGAAAAGGCACCUAUGGGACAACUGCCACGCUCUAUAGAACUUGUCCUAGAUCACGAUUUGGUCGAUAAGAUCAAGCCUGGAGACCGAGUGCAAGUGGUGGGGGUCUACCGAGCUUUGGCUCCGGGAGGUGCCACUGGACGCAAGUCUCAUCAAGGAGUCUUCAAGACUGUGGUCUUGGUCAAUAAUGUCCAAAUCCUUGGCCGAGACUCUUCUCAGCUCACCUUUUCUCCAGAAGAUGUUCGCCGCAUCAAGGAAUUGGGCAAGCGCGAGGAUAUUCUAGAUAUACUGGGACGCUCCAUUUCACCUAGUAUUCAUGGACACGAAGUCAUCAAAAAGGCACUCGCCCUUCAAUUGCUCAGUGGAUGUGAAAAGAAUCUGAAAAAUGGAACGCAUUUGCGUGGUGACAUUAACAUUCUCAUGGUGGGUGAUCCAUCCACGGCCAAAUCGCAACUCUUGCGAUCGGCCAUGAUGAUUGCCCCACUGGCAGUUUCCACCACUGGUAAGGGAUCUUCCGGUGUUGGUCUUACGGCUGCCGUCACUUCGGACCCGGAUACCAAUGAACGCCGUCUCGAGGCCGGUGCCAUGGUCUUGGCCGAUCGUGGAUUGGUCUGCGUGGACGAAUUUGACAAAAUGGGAGAGAAUGAUCGAGUGGCCAUUCACGAAGCCAUGGAACAACAGACUGUCACCAUUGCCAAGGCCGGAAUUCAUGCCAGUCUCAAUGCUCGGUGUUCUGUCUUGGCGGCUGCCAACCCUGUCUAUGGACAAUACGACCGAACUCAACGCAUGCAAGCAAACAUUGGUUUGCCGGAUUCCUUGCUGAGUCGGUUUGAUUUGCUCUUUGUGGUGCUCGAUCAAAUGGAUCCCGAAACGGAUCGAAAAAUAUCCAACCAUGUCAUACUUGGCCAUCGUUAUCGCCCGGAACAUGGUGCGGCGGGACACGAUUCGGACUACGACGACGAUGAUUCGGAUGAUGAAGAAGACAACAUUGGGGGUAAAAGUACCAAAGUGCAUUCGGUGUGGCAACGCAAUCGACAUGCGACUGAAGAUGAUGAGGAGGAUGACGAAUUGGAUCCGAACUAUUCUACUUCCAAGAAUGACAUUUUGCAACACGACUUUUUGCGGAAAUACCUGCACUUUGCCAAGAGCCGACCUUCCAGUCGUUCCCUCGAACUUACAGACGGUGCCAGAGAAUUCAUCGCCAAUCGGUACGCCGAAAUGAGGUGUCGUCAAGACGAACGAACUUUGCCCGUCACGGCACGUACUUUGGAAACCGUCAUUCGAUUGGCCAGUGCUCACGCCAAGGCCCGGCUAUCCGACAAGGUAGAGGCCGAACCCGAUUGCAAAGUGGCCAUGGACCUUCUCAGUUUUGCCCUGUAUCACGAACACGGAGAAGCUGUACAUGGUCUCAACAGUCCCAAACAUGAAGGAGUAUCCGAAGACGAUGACGCUGCUUCCACCACACCAGUGGCUGUCUCGGAUUCCUCAGAAGUGGAAGAAGCAGACUUGGACCCACCAGCUUCCAAAAAGCAAAAGACUGCUACUACUACGAGUACUAGUACUAGUGCCAGUACUGUCAAUCAAGAAGAAUUGAGAAGUCGAGUGUUUGCCGAAAUCCAAAUGCACGAUGGGGAGAUCAAAAUGGAAGAUUUGUGCACAGAUUUGGAGGAUAGGGAAGACUUGGAAGAACUCAUUGAUUCUUUGGUCAGCGAUGGAAGAUUACACAAGGACGAUGGGGUAUUGUACAUGAUGUAA